CUCCGGGAUCUAGGGUUAAGGCUACCGUCUGUCAUACAUAGUCUCUGAUCUCUGCGUCAUAAUUAUAUAAUUAACAGCCCAUUUGCCGCUGCGACCAACACCUUCGACGUCAUUCGACUCGACCUGGGAUGAUCUCGAUUCCACCUUCCGAGUAGGUCCUCAAUCCGCCAUGUCCGGACAAAGAACAAACGAAGCCGAGGAACAUGGUGGAAACAACAUGGCCGUGUUCACUUCGAGGGUGUACGAGAUAACGCACUCGAUACCGUACGGCAAGGUCACUACGUACAAGCACAUAGCGGUCAUGAGCGGUUUCCCGAACCAUUCGAGACACGUUGGAAAUGCAAUGCGAGACCUUCCUCCCAAUUCUACCGUUCCUUGGCAGCGAGUGAUCAGCUCUGCGGGUUUCAUCUCGCCUCGAGGCGACGACGGACUGAGCGUACAACGACAGAGAGAAGCGUUGAUCGCCGAGGGCGUCGAGGUGAUGACGGUCGCAGGUGGAGGAGCUUCCAUCAACGCCCAUGGUGGAGGAAAGGAAAAGGUGGAUCUGAAGCGUUAUGGGUGGUUUCCCGAGGCAUGAGGGAUCGAACGGUAGCAAUGUAGUACCUCGAUUGUGUAGAUCGGGGCAAGGCGCGACCUCGAAUCCCUCGCGGCUAUACCGUCUAUCAGAUCCCACCUAUACGAAUCUUCCACGGACUACACAAUAUCACCUUGACGAUUGUACACCAGAUAUACCAGAUUACCCUGAUUUUCUGACGCGGUCAGGCGUUCUGAACAUGGUGAGUUAACGUUACAGUGCUCGGA